GACAAUUUACCGACACCCUUUAUCGGCCACAUGCGUGUUGCGCCAUGGUGUAGACGGUUCGGCACUAGGGUGCCGGACGACGAACUAUUGCCCCGGAGCGUUGUGCGACGUUUGGCAGCCACGGGCACGGAACUGCCGCUGGUGGACAGUGUAAGUCCAGUAACAAAUACGAAGAAAUCACAACGCCGCAAGCACAAUGCCACAAGCCGGCAACUGGAACGACCGUCCGAUGGACCCAGAAUGAACGAGAUGAACGUACAGAUGCUCUCACCUCGGCUCUACCGCCAGAUAUUUGGCCACGCGGACAUUUCAAGCCCUACGAUCGAUCCCGAAUUUGUAAGCACAUUGCAGGACGAGCUCGUUCGGCACGGAAUCGAUAUUUCGAAACCAGUCCUGCUGCCCGAAGUCGACUUGAACCUACCCAGGCUGCGUGGUGCCAACAUCGAGGAACACUUUCAGCAGAUUGCCGAAGAGCAAAGUGGGCCUUAUCGUGAUGCGAUUGAGACCCUGGUGGACGAAUCGACGACACUUCCGCCUGUACCGAGUGAAUGGUCACGAGCGCCAGGGUGGACACGAUACGAUCCCAACCUCGAUGGGAAGCCCGUUUCCGUGCCUUUUCCUCCCGAUGCCGCACUUGUCUUCGACGUAGAAGUCUGCGUCCGAGCCGGUCCUGCCCCGGUGAUGGCCACAGCGGUCAGUUCGACGUGCUGGUACUCGUGGACUAGCCCACUGCUGUUUGGGGCUAGCGGGUCACGUAUCGCACCUAAUCGCUGCCAACUGCAAGAUCUCAUACCAUUGGAGAGCGAUUCGGAGAAACGCUGGCGAGAUCGGCGACGGUUCCGGCAGCCACGAAUUGUGGUUGGACACAACGUGUCCUACGAUAGGGCGCGCGUUCGAGAGCAGUACUGGCUGGAACCGACGGCACUGCGCUUUCUCGAUACGAUGUCCCUGCACGUGUGCGUCAGCGGCAUAACAAGCUACCAGCGGGCGAUGCUAAAGUCGAAAAAGGCUCUUCCGGAAGCCGAUAGUGGUUGGAGUGAGCAAAGCUCGCUCAACAAUCUGGCCGACGUGUACGCGCUCUACUGCGGGGAGCGGUUGAGCAAGAGCCAAAGGGAUACUUUCGUCGAAGGAACACUGGACGAUGUACGAAAGGACUUUGCUAGCCUAAUGACCUACUGUGCCGAGGAUGUGCGAGCUACGUGGGCCGUUCUGCGACGCUUGUGGCCACUGUUUCAGCAGCGCUUUCCACAUCCGGCCACGUUGGCGGGUAUGCUUGAGAUGGGCAGUGCCUAUUUACCCGUCAAUGCAAACUGGACACGUUACUUAACCGAGUCCGAUCUUGCCUACGAGGAUUUCGAUAUUGAAGCGAAGCAUCUGCUUGCCCAACGGGCGGAUAGUGCUUGCGCGCUGCUCCACGAUGGCGCUUAUGGUAAAGAUUUGUGGCUGUGGGAUGAGGACUGGAACGUUCAGGAGCUGAAGUUGAAAGCGGCGCGCAAAAAGACCACACCAAAGGGCCUGCCGACGACGGGACAAUCUUCAACCCUAGCCGAUGGAGAUGAUGAAAAAAUGGCUGGCGAAAAGGAUAACGACGAUGAGAACGACGAGGCGCAACGGUUGCGGGAUCGGUUCGCCCACCUGUACGCAAUGGCCGACCGGCUCCCGGUGCGUCGGCCUUUACUUCCGGGCUACCCUGCAUGGUAUCGCAAUCUUUGCUCCAAGCCCGACCCGACCACUGAUUGGCAACCAGGACCGUACCAGAAGCUCAGCACCGGGAUGCAGAUUGCACCGAAGCUGUUGUCGCUCUGCUGGGAAGGUUACCCGCUGCAUUACAUCCGUGGCCACGGAUGGGGCUUUCUCGUGCCUUACAAAUACCAUCGUGACGAUGGUUCGGACGCUGACGGAAGGCUUCCCCUUGAGCAACUGGUGUCCGCUUGCCCGGUGGUCGAACUGCGCCGGCCGUCGGCCUCUGCAGCCGAAAGCAGUGAAGCAAUGCAUCACCUUCGACGAGACGUCGAACAAACGAUCAGCCGAAGAGAGUACUAUCGGAAGGUUGGGCCGCGCAAGGAUUCGCCCACCAUCCACUACGAAGGAGCCGGUGUUUGGUGUAACUUAGAGCUUGAAGGAUGCUGCUUUUUUCUUCAGCUCCCACACAAAGACGGUGCCGGUCGUCGAGUGGGUAAUCCACUGUCGAAGGAUUUUCUCGCCAAGUUCUCCGAGAACGUACUAGCCGGUGACGGGCAGGCAGCAGAACGGGUCGUCGCUAUUGCCCGUAUGCUUUCGUAUUGGCGCAACAAUCGGGACCGCAUUCACGGUCAACUGGUCGUUUGGCUUGAGAACGAAGGGCUGCCCAUCACCGUCGUCGAAGCCACCGACGACAGUUCCCCCACUGUAUUCGGAGCCAUACUGCCGCAAGUGGUGGUAUGCGGGACGCUUACCCGCCGCGCCAUGGAACCUACCUGGAUGACGGCUAGCAAUGCGCAACGCGAACGGAUCGGGUCGGAGUUGCGGGCAAUGGUACAGGCACCACCCGGUUACCGUAUCGUGGGCGCCGAUGUCGACAGCCAGGAGCUCUGGAUUGCCUCCGUUCUGGGGGACGCGGAUGCGAGCGGUCUGCACGGCGGUACCCCAUUCGGUUGGAUGACCCUCAGCGGAACGAAAGCCACCGGCACCGACAUGCACAGCGUUACAGCACGGGCGGUCGGAAUUUCGCGAGAUCACGCGAAAGUAAUUAAUUACGCGCGGAUCUACGGUGCUGGUCAGCAGUUUGCCGAACGGUUGCUGAAGCAAUUCAACCCGACCCUCUCGGAGGCGGAAGCUCGUUCGAAGGCGAGCAAAAUGUUCACACUGACCAAGGGGCGUAAGGUGUAUCGGUUGCGGACCGCGUGGGCGGAUGCGCACCCUGAGUAUCGCCAGAAUUGCACGCCAUAUGAAGCGCUCAAGCUGGCGCGAAUCUGCAAUCGGGCCGUCGACGAGAUGUUCCAUCGAUCACGGUGGUGCGGCGGUACGGAGAGUGCAAUGUUUAAUCGGUUGGAGGCGAUCGCGAGCGCCGACCAGCCGCGGACCCCGUUUCUAGGCGGACGGCUUAGUCGCGCACUCGAACCUGGCGAGGAAGGAGUGGACGAAGAUCGCUUUAUGCCUACGCGCAUUAACUGGGUGGUGCAGAGUGGCGCCGUGGACUUUCUGCAUUUGAUGCUCGUGUGUAUGCGCUGGCUGAUGGGUGCAGAGCGCGUUCGCUUCUGCUUGAGCUUUCACGAUGAGGUGCGCUAUCUGGUCGAGGAACGAUACGCACAUCACGCGGCCCUGGCCAUGCACGUAACCAAUCUGCUGACGCGCUCCUUCUGUGCCCACCGAAUCGGCUUCCGGGAUCUGCCACAAUCGGUAGCAUUUUUCGCCACAGUCGAGGUUGAUCGUGUACUACGCAAGGAAGCCCAGCACGAUUGCCGAACACCCUCCAAUCCACACGGCAUGUCCGCAGGGUAUGGCGUGCCGGAUGGAGAGUCGCUAGAUAUCUACCAGACGCUUACCAAGCUCGGUCCCGACGCCAGCGAUAUGAGCCACUGGGAUUGGCACCAGAGGAAUGAAACAACGCAGCAUAAACUGACUAAGCCUAAGCAAAAUCAAAGAAAGAAGAUUCUCAUCCGAGAUAAAGGCAGUUUAGCAACUGCUACUUAG